AUGGUUCAAUCGAUUUCGAAAAGUCGUAGUAUGGAGAAGAAAUUGAUACAAGAAGCGGAGGUGGAAGAACAGAUGGAAGAUAAAUUGACUAAGAAAGGCGGUGACGAACACGUUGCAUCAAAAGGGAGUGUCUUACAAAGUCGAUGCAAUCGAUGGAAAGAAACAGCCGCGAUCUUAAUUCCAAAUCUUGUUUUUAAUCCGUCUAACUCGCUUUCUUCCAUUUCUAAUUUCUUACCUGUUAGAAACCCUAAUUAUCUCCCUCAACUACGUCGUCUUAGAUUAUCCUCAGCUUAUUCUUCGUCAAUCACCGAAGAAAACGGCCAUUGCCACCAAACUGAGGGUGAAAUUCACGUAAUUGUGGGCCCUAUGUUCGCUGGAAAAACCACCACUUUGCUUCGCCGGAUUAAAUCUGAAAGCUCUAAUGGCAGAAAUGCAGCUGUUAUAAAGUCUAGUAAGGAUACAAGAUAUGGAUUGGAUUCAAUUGUGACACAUGAUGGGGAGAAGCUUUCAUGUUGGCCACUUGAAGCUUUAUCAUCAUUCAAAGAAAGAAUUGGUCUUGAAGCUUAUCAUAAGCUAGAGGUGAUUGGAAUUGAUGAAGCUCAGUUUUUUGAAGACUUGUAUGAUUUCUGCAUUAAAGCUGCUGACCAUGAUGGCAAAACUGUAAUUGUUGCUGGCUUGGAUGGUGAUUAUUUGCGGAGGAGCUUUGGGGUGCUAGAUAUAAUACCGAUUGCAGAUACUGUAACGAAAUUAAAGGCACGGUGUGAGGUGUGUGGGAAGCCUGCUUUUUUUACUUUAAGGAAAACAGAGGAGACAGAGAGAGAAGUAGUGGCUGGUGCUGACGUGUACAUGCCUGUUUGUAGAAACCAUUAUUUGACUGGUCAAAAGGUCAAACAGGCUGCAAGAAAUGUUCAGGAAACACACAACCUUCAAUGUGGCUCAUUCUUAUAGUCAAUUUACUCAAUAUCUGUAAAACGUGCGUGUAUUGUAUAAAAACUUACGUACGUGUUUUCUAUAUUUAAUGGGAUGUUGUAUGGAAAUUACAAACCAAAAUUCAAUGGAUAUAUUUAUUAUAAGAAAGUGAAAUAUAUUAAUGUUGUUACUAAUUUCAUAUAAAAAAUACAAGAAUAAUCGUUUGCUACAAAAAAAAAAAAA